GAGAGGCUCAAGACGGACCCCUCUUACACUUGGCUAGUGCCCUACUGAUUUGGUCAACAUGGCCAGCCUCCAAGGCUAUGUCGACCACCGUGUGUUGCUUAUCCUUCAGGACGGCCGUGCGAUAGUCGGUGUUAUGGCAGGUUUCGAUCAAAAGUCCAACGUAGUGCUAUCGGACUCGAAGGAACGAGUAUACAGCACAGAGGAAGGCGUGGAAGAGAUACCACUCGGACUGUACCUGGUAAAGGGUGACCAAAUCGUGGUCAUAGGCGAGCUGGAUGAGGCGGCUGAUCAGGCCGUUGACCUGUCUACGAUACGUGCGGAACCUAUUCCACCUAUUCGCUAUUGAAAGCCGUCUUCUGCGACGGUCUGCGCCGACUCUGCUAGGAAGGCAUAUAUCUCGAACCGUGACGCUGGACCACGAUACUAGUCUCGACUAUUCUCAGAUGAGCUCCAAUGAGCUUCGCGCGGUUCUUCCGACAUUGAUUGAGAGCGCCGGUGUCACACACAUUGCGAGUGAGGCCUAGUCUGUCAUAUUGGUCCAUCCGUCUGUAAUGAAGACGUCGGCACCCUGGAUGUUCGGCAGACCUGUACGCUGUAUGACGUCGAGGCAAUUCAUGAAUAAUCACGGAUUUACAGUUGC